UGAUUCCUGGCAGUGAGAGAUGAUGAGAGUGGCGGGCACCAAGUAAAGAGGAACCGCAGGGACGCUCAGAAUUGACACAAAACAAGCUGUCCAUUCUUCUCCAGGACUAGCUGUGAGGAUGGAGAAAGCUGCACUGCUGCUGUUUUGUUGCCUGGUCAUGUCUUUAUCAGGCUCCCCACUCUACCCAUCCAUUAGGUUCGGCCAGAGGGAUACAGCCAUCCUGAUGACAUCUUCUAUAAAGAAUCCAGCAGAGCAGAUGAAGGAAGACACGAGUCCUCCCAGGGAGCAAGCGGAGUUACGCUCAGGACGCCACGCUGACGCCAUCUUUACAAACAGCUACAGGAAAGUCCUGGGCCAAAUCUCUGCCAGGAAGUUCCUUCAGACAAUCAUGGGCAAACGGCUGGGAGAUGGAAGUGAGAGUUACGUGAAACGUCAGUCAGAUAUCUAUGAAGGAACCUAUAAAGAAGAUCUUACAUCCAUCCAGAGCAAUCAGAGAUACAGAGGAGUGCACGGGAAUGUCAUGAGGCCCAGGUAAAUAAAUACCAUUAAAGCCUAA